AUGGGUAAGAGAAAGUCAGUUUCAUUCGGCGAGCCGCAAGUCAAGGAAUUCACAAGAGACGAGGUUGAGGGUUCAAAGAAAGAAGAUGCUCCCGCGAAAAUUCGCAGAAACAAUCGAGUUAUUGAAAACACAGACUUCGAUUUUGGCACUGCCGAUCAGCGAGCAGAAAAUCAAAACUUCGUCAAUGAAAAAGGGACGCGGAUGAAAACAGGUCUGCAUACAAUCGAUUCCGACGACGAAGAAGAAAACGCGCAGAAUGAGAAGAAGCUCAAGUACAAAAAGCUCGAUAUUGAGAAAGUGCAGGGCUUGGAAGCCGACACCUAUCACGACAACCUCGACGAAGAUGGUAACAUGAUCACAGGCUUCAAUCUCAAAGACGAAGAAGAGGAGGGCGAGUUUGACUCGACCGGACAGUUUCACUUCAAAAAACGAGAUGAUCGCGAUGAGUGGCUCGACACAGUCGACUGGAAAAAGAUCAAAAACAAGGAAAAAGAGGAAGAAAGCACGAAAAUGGAAGAAGACGCGAAGCCCGACGAAGACGAAAAACUCUCUGAGCGGGAAAUUUUAGAAAAGAUCGUUGCAAAAAUGAACCCAAAAGAAACCGUGACGAAAUGCCUUCAAAGACUUGGAAGUGGCGCUUCAGCUUCAAAUAUUCCAGCUUGGAAACAGAAAAGACUCGAUAAACUCGCAAAGAGGAAAGCGGCCGCCAAGGGUCAAAACGCGAGCACUUCAAAAUACGAGGUUAAAGAAGAAGUGAACAAGGAAGAAGUGGCACAGCUCACGAAUCUUGUUGACCAACUGAGUCGACGGGGCUACUACGAUAUCUACACUGAUACGUAUGAGAAGAUCAAGCAUAAAAUUAGCUCCAUGCCUGCGGAUGAAGACGAUGUGCUGGACAUGUUUGGCGAGGCAAUCGAAGGCGGAAAAAGCAUCGCUGAACAAGCAACAGCAGAAGUUGGCCUUUCUGACUCGGACACCAAGUGGGAGUAUAAAUUCAAAGACAAGGACGACGAUAUCAAGGGCCCUUUGUCAACGCAGGAAAUGGAGCGCCUGAAAGAUACGCACAAACAAGCAGCCGAUAUCUUCUGCCGUCGCACCAAUUCGGGCAACACGUGGUACAGCAUAAAACGCGUCGACUUUGACUUGUGGUAA